AUGGCACCCCUACCAGCUGUCACUCAAGUCCGUACUUUUGUGCAGUUCACGCGCUGGGGAUACUUCCCUUGCAUUGUCGCCUUCAUUGUCGCCUUCCUCUCCCAUACCACGCAUGGCGCUCCAUUGGGGCUCGAUACAUCUUUAUACUGCCCCAAGAAUCUCGACAUCCUGUGGAAUUUGGCAAAGUUCCUUGGCACAAACUACAUUGCCCACGCCAUUUCUGUUCCUCUUGCAGCGGAGGUUGGCAGAUUCACGCAACGCGUCACAGUCCGGUCGCCGACACAUUGGGCAGCAAUUGUGUCUCUCUUUUUGCCGUUUGGAGGGCUAGGGAGAGCGAUCUUGUUGGUUGCUGAGCACUUGGAAUCGCUGAACGACAACGUUCGAGCCGCGCUCAAACACGGAUCAAUUCACAUAAUCACUCGAACGGAGAUGUGGCAGCCUCCGGACGACAGGGAAGAGAUCAUUUUCGUCCGCCUUCCCCCCAAAUGGCAUGAUCUACCCUCGGACCACGCAAAUAAUGGCUAUGCCGCGUUCAAGCUCGUAUCAGAACGGGAAUCGCAUAUCGUUAUCGACCACCACGACCGCAAGAUCCACGGAGAGUUGCAUCUUCCCCGGGGCUAUGCUGUCGCAGCUCCUCUCGACAAAUCCAUCACCGAAAGCAUCAUCGACACUCGGCUACUCGACACUCGCGGCCUCAGCAUUCAUCGACCGCCACAGACCCUGAACCUCCUAGCCGCUGUUGCUCAAAUGGUUGCAGCGUGCAUCACUCUGAAAUCCACGAUAGGAAACCAGGUCGAGCGCUUCGGGUAUGCAGCAUACGGGUUGUCCGUAUUCCCCUACGCAUUGAUGUCGGCGGUGAACGUCAUCUGCUCUGCUAUUGUUGGGGACUUCACGUCUGGCUAUAUGCUCAGAACGCCUAUACUCCAGGAAGCCGAACGACGCGGGGCCGUCUUUGAUGGCAGUAUUGGGAGGGUGAGGUCGCUGUAUGCCGAGCCAGGGUACAAGGGGAAAUCCGGCUUUACGGCUGUGGGGAUGUCUAUCAAGCCCGAGAAUCCCGCGGUUGUGAAUUCACGCAAGAUACUUGUCGUGCGAGAUGGCGAGAAGAAGAAAGAAUUCCUCUUCGACCCAGAGCGCUACAAUACCGAUAUCGACACCUCCUUCUUCGAUAUCUCAUCUAUCACUCACGACGGCCAACACGACGAAAACGAAGUGAAGCCGUAUAAGAAACGUCACUGGCUGCGGUAUUUCGCAAUUGCACUGGCCUUCCUCAUCACCAUGCUCGCUCCCUACGCCGUCAUCUACUUCUUCUCUGGCUUCCGCAAAGGCCAGAGCACAACGGCACAGCGGCGGUGGAUGAUGUCGUGGUUGGUCGCCGACCAGGUUUCUGCAGCUGGCACAUUCGUCUUCUGGUGGAUUUGGCAGAAGCACGGCAACAUCAUCCCUAUCGCAGUACACUACGCCGGCGUUGCGGGACUUCUAGUGCCCGCAAUUGGCGGACUCGUCACCGUGGGUGCAAUGUUCCUGGAGGACAAUCAGUUCGGCCCUUGCGGCCCUUCCUGA